CGUCCACACCAUUCCUCGUUCGGUGAGCAUAUUGGCUCGUUGAAGAUCAUCGACCGGGCCGCGCGACUAAUCUGAUGGGCUGUGCUGGGCUGGGCUUCAUUGACUGGGCUGCGAAUCCUGCGAGAAUGCCUGGAUGUCUUUAAAUAUCGGGCGCAUCUGUUGACUCUUCGGGUCUAAGUGAGGCCAUGCCAGAUCGUAGUACGCGAAGUUGUCCGUGUGAAUGUGUGUGUGUGUGUGUGUGUGUGUGUGUGUGUGUGUGUGCGUGUGUGCGUGUAUGGAUAUGUGUGCAUGCCUAAGAGAACGGAUCUUUCAGUGUCCUCGACAUUUCUGCCCUGCCCUUUCCGAUCCCAUGCAACGCCAGUUCUACCUUGCCUUGGACUUGGAGAGUACUGAAGGUGUGGACACUGUCGCGGUGAUGGCUGGGAGUCUGAGACGCUUCAGCCAGGACCCCAUAAUUCUACUCGAUUCAAGCAUCUCGUUAAGAUCCAAAGUGGAUCGCGGGGGAGAAGGAGGAGCAGACAAGAAAGAGCUGGCUGGCCAAGGUAACAGCUCAAGGUACGGAUGCUCUGUGUGGUGGUAGGGUGACGGUUGGUGGUAGACAGGAUUAGGUGAAGUGGUCAGGUAAGGUGGGCGGACGAGACAAGACGAGAAAACGCCGAUGGGAGAAAAAAAAAGAGGUUCGG